AUGGCGGAGCUUCUUAUCUGGGCGGAGGUGCGUCACCAGUGUGGCGAAGGCUCGUCGCCAGCAGCCAGUGGGUGGGAGUGCUUGUCCGUGUUGUGUCGAUGCGCCGGUGCACUGGUGUGCGGGCGGCGGCACGAUGCAACGAAUGAGACACAGAACAACGUGGGAGUGGAUAAGGAUGGAGUGUCGGAGGUUACUGGGCUAGGCCGUAUUGGUGGUCUGCCCCAAAUACGUAUCGCCGAUAAGGAAGCCUUUGAUGUGAUAGAUAUGCAAGAUUGCGAUGCUUCUGUUAUCAACACGAUAUCUGCAACUAUCAAAGAAUCUGAUGAACUGUGUGAAGGCUUUCAUAAAUCGGAUAAAGCUCGUCAAUAUGUUGACGAGUUGGAUAACUUCAGGAACAAGAGGCUGGACCUACCUGGUGAAUUGCUUGGAAGGGAACUUAGGGCACAUCUUAGGCUGGCAGAGAGACGGAUGGUUAAGACCAUUCAAAGAGAUUUGAAUAGUGACCGUGAGUUACAAGAUCUUGAACGUUAUAUAGAUGCAUCGAUUGUUACUAAUGGUCUAAAUCGUGCCUUUUCCCCUGGUUCUUGGUGCCAUCCCUACAAAAGAGCUGAACGGUGCUCAGGAAUUGUUGCGACUCUAAGGAGAACUAAUCCUCUUCAAAUGAUGUCUGACUUGAGGAAAACCCGGCAGCGGGUUGCUUAUGCUGGGAAAGCUGGUGAUGCAAGAUAUCCGUAA